CACGAUGACCUCCAGGAAAAUGGAUGAUACUGACGAGACUCAGAUACAAGCUCAAGCAUGGCCUGCACCGCUAAGGAUGCUCUGGGAGGCCUUGGAGCGCUACCAGGAGAUGGUGGUGAGCGAUCCAAACCUGGCCUCUAAACUAGAGGCUGCAUUCAGAGUAGGGAGCUACAUCAUACCAGGACGCUUUGGUGGAUCUUGGGAGCUGUCUGAAGUUGCUUACUCCGUCUCCAACCUUUACUCUCUCCUUAACGAUUUCAUUGUGUCUAGAAGAUGUCCCUCAGCUAGCAAAAUCUCAGCGUGCUCAAAGGAACAGCAAGUGUUGCUAUGGCUACUUACUCUAUUAGACACAUUGGAGGUGGCCGUGGAAAUGAUCAGUCAGCGCUUAUUCCAGGAGCCUGGAAAAUGGGCUAUGGUCAUUCUUAUGCAAACACUGAGAGCUGUGUUGAGGUCUCUACUAGUGUUCAAGCUUCAUUAUGGAGUGAUAAGGACUCCUCCUGUCCCCUCCACAGACAGAAAGCAAGCUGAGCAGACGGCGCACUCCAGUAAUCCUGAGAGAGAAGACGCCCAACCGCUUGCUUGGAAGGCUCCUCGUACAGGCAGGAUCAUUAGAUCCGUUCAUACUGACCCGACCAUCCCCUACUCUGAGCUGCAGCAUAACGUUGCCCCACUCUCCCCCUCACAAACGAGCAGGGACUCCCCCUCUCGUCUGAUGUCACUGGAUACCAACAGUCUUAUUGCCGAGGCCCUCUACAUUGCCCGUCCCCUAGUACAUAUUAUCUCGAUGUUCAUCUUCCAACAAAGCUCCUGGAAGCCGUGGCUACUGGCACUAGGUAUGGACCUAACCAGUCUGCAGCUACAUUGCGGGUUACUGCACUCCAACUCGGCUGAGAAGGCGGAGGUCAUGCGGAGGAGAGUGGUGCUAAUGCUCUACCUCCUACGCUCUCCUUUCUAUGACAAGCGCUCAAAGAAUAUGUUGCUGGACUUCCUCCGCUGGCUAUCCUCUACCAUACCACUCCUGCACUUUAUAGUGGAUCCUCUGAUGACAUAUCUCCCCGUGUGGCAACAAGUCUACUCGUACAACUGGAUGACCUGAGAGACAGGUAUGUAGUACUGACCUCACUGCAGACACAGUUAAUUCUUGUGUGAACUCUAUUAUUUUUGACUGCCCAAUGUGUGUGCGUGUGUGUGUGCGUAUUGUGUUGAUUUGCAUAUUAUUAUUUCAAAACUGUUACUAUUUUAUAUUUUUUUUUGCAAAAUGUUAAAAAUAUAAAGCUUUAAAGUUAAA